AUGGCGAGCUCGCAGUGCUGUGCAAACCCGCCAGUCCUGGACUCGGCCGCCGGGCUGGGCUCCGUCGCGGAAGACUUUGGCGGGCUCCGCUGUUACAUCGUCGGCUCCCCCGACUCCGGCCUCGCCGUCCUCCUCGUCUCCGACGUCUUCGGUGAGCUGCCUCGCCGCCCCUGGAUACGUCCUCGCUCUUGCCUUCUUGUUGUUGUUGCUUACGUUGUUUCGGACGGUCGACUGGGAAGCAGGAGCUGCCUCUGGGCUCCGGGUUCUUCGCUUGGAUCUUUCCUCGUCCCCUGUGUUUUUGCUUGUUCUGGUUUCAUGGAUAUGGAGGCUGGAAGCAGCUGCGCGUGACUGAAUGUCGACUAAUCGCCUAUUGAUCUUUUCAGUGAAAGAAAUCGGAUGAUUCAUAAAGAGGUUUCCAGGGAUUAUGGGUUUCGCUAGUGUUCUCUGUUUUGCACCUCGAUCGUUGAAAUAUUUGGAGAAGGAUGCUAGUUUAUUCCACGAUAAUGAAAAGAAGGCUGCCAUAAGCUGUGGACUCUAGCCUCUUAACGUUUUUUCUUGGAUUUAUUGUGAGAUUCUCAAUGAAAAAAGUCAACGUUCAUUCAUCAAAAAUUUUAUUUUAUUUCAUUCGUGAUCUCCUCGUGGGUAUCUAAAAUCUGCAGUCUAAAUUCUUCUUUUUCAGGUUUUGAGGCUCCAAACUUGAGGUACAUUUGCUCUGCUCUUGGAGGUGUAUUUCCUCUCUUUGCUUUGUCCCGGCGGGGCUAUACCCAUCAGACUUUGGUUGUUACUGGUAGCAUAACUAAGGUUUUAUCAUAUCCAUGAAGAGACUGAAUUACAGCUAUCCAUCUCUCGCCAAACUAUUGUCCAAGUUAUAAAAGCAUACAUUAAUAACAACAUUCCAAAUAUUUUUCUGUAUACACAGCAGCGAUGCCCACUACUUUAGCUGUUUGGAGGUCUUGGGCUCUACUUCUAUUUGCAGGUUGAAUAUGCAUGCAGAGGAUUGAUCCAAAGUUUUUGGUUUACUUGGGAAUCUGCGUGCAAAGCUUUGGUUAUAUUUUCCGAGAUAUGAUGUUAUCUUACUUUUUCCUUCUAUAGAUUAUUUCCCUCUGAUCAUAAGGCUGCUACUCUGAUAUACACUUUUCCAGAUUAAAAAAAAUAGUGAGAGGAAAAUAAGAGUGCAUUUUUUUUUGUGAAAUAGAAUAUCUUGGUUGUGAUAUGUGAAGUACUUUAUCAUGAAGGAGGAAUAUCUCACUUUAAAUGAAUUGAGUCCUUCUUUAUGAGAAGUAUUAUUUGAUCAAUAUUAGGCUGACCAAUCGCAUCUUUGUGAUAUGCGUUGACGUGUGGUUCAUUUUUCCAUGAAGGAAAAUUGCUGACAAGGUUGCUGCUGCUGGCUUCUUUGUGGUGGCUCCUGAUUUCUUCUAUGGUGAACCAUUUGUGUCAGAGAAUGCUGAGAAACCAUUUCCAGUUUGGAUAAAAUCACAUCCAACGGUUGGUUUCCUUCCUUUUUUUUUUUUUUUUGAAAGAAUAAAAUAAUUUACUCAUUGCUCUCAGAUUUCGUGUCCAUUCUCGAAAAUCCGGCCUUGUUUCUCCGCCAUGUUGCAAUCUUGUUUCUUCUCCAACAGAUGCAUUGCAUGUUAGAACCACAAAAAAAUACUGUUCUAUAUUUGACAUAUAUUUUCUACACGAAACACGGUUGUGCACAGUUCAUUAACGUUUUGUAAGUGACUUCCAAAUAUUCGUUGAGAACUUUGUUUCCUGAAAGCGUUAUAAAAUCAUUGGAGUUUAUAAGAUUUCAUUGCCGGAAUCACUUGAAAAGUUAUGGCUUGUCGGAUAUGGAAUUCAUUGAUGGAAAUUGAGUGAUAUGAUGCUGUACCACCAUGACAUUGUCAUCUCUUGGGUUUUAAGAAUUUCUAACCAAAUAUUUAAAUGCUAGAUAUCUAAAUUGCAUAGAUUAUCCGUUUCAAAAAGUCUUUGCUCUUGAUGGCUUUCGAAUUCUUAGUAUUAUUAAUUCAUGAUUGGCAUUCCUCUGCUUUGUUAUUUUCUUUUUAUUUAAUGCUACUGGUAAUAUCUUUCAUCGUAUUUUCAGGAAAAGGGGCAUGAAAAUGCGAAGAAUGUAGUCACAGCUCUGAAACUUAGGGGUCUGUCUUCUGUUGGGGCUGCUGGCUUUUGCUGGGGCGGUGAGCCACUUCUUCUUCUGUACGCACACACACACACACACACAUAUAUGGAUUUAUAUAGAGAUUAUCUUUUUCAUACAUGCAAUAGUUGGUGUAAGAAAAUAAAGUGUUGAUAUGUCCCUGGAUUGACAGAUAAAACUCAAUGGUUCCAUGUAGCUGAAAGCUAUUUCAUUACGGUUCAUGAUUUGUUCAGAUUGCAAAAAUAUGCUAAUUUUUCAGCUGUCAGCAAAACAGCCGCUGUUAAAUUUUCUUUUUAUGGAAAUUAUCCGCAGUGGAGUUUUUUGAGAGAUAAAUACCAGAAAAAUGUUUUGGAUUCAGCUGUCAGAAAACCAGGCGCUCUGAAAAUUAAAUACAGAAUAUUAAUUAUCUCUAUGUUUUUUUCAUGCUGCUAUCAGGUAAGGUAGUCACAGAGCUUGCAAAAUCUGGAGACAUCCAAACUGGUGUGCUGUUACAUCCUUCCUUUGUCAAGCUUGAUGAUAUAAAAGGUAAACUAAUCUGCUUAAUCCAUCAUCUACUGCUUCAGGUUCAUGGAUUAGGCUAACUCUUUGACCUUCUUUUUAUGGAAACUCAGAGGUGAAGUCCCAUCUUGCCAUACUCGCAGCAGAAACUGACCAUAUGUCUCCGUCUGCACUAAUAAAACAAUUCGAGGAGGUUUUAUCUGCAAAUAACCAGGUGCUCCAGCUGCUUCUGACUAAUCCAUUAUUUUAUUCUAUUUAUUUUAUUUAAAGCUGUUAUAAAUAUUUGCUUAAUUCAUGUGAAUUAAAAUGUCUCAUUAUGCCAUAAAAAAUAUGUUAUAUGAUAUAUUUAUAUAUUUAUGUGGAUUUUUGCCAGUUGGAGAGCUUCGUGAAGAUAUUCCCUGGGGUGGCUCACGGAUGGACGGUGAGGUUCGACGAGCGCGAUGAGUAUGCGGUGAAGAAGGCAGAGGAAGCCCACCAAGACCUGCUUGACUGGUUCAACAAGUUUCUCAAGGCGUGA